AUGGCGCAGGCACAGGUCCUCACCAAGGGGCCCUUCCCAGGCCUGAAGCCCUUUGUCCUCCUGUAUGGCUGGCUGGGAUGCCGGGAGGCGCACCUCAACAAGUACGCCAACAUGUGGCGGGUGUUGGGCGCGGAGCCCCACAUGAUCCGGGUCAACACCUGGGAUGUGAUCCCUCCUUUCCACGAGCGCGCCGAGCAGGGCCUGGUCCAGCAGGCGGGGCUGGCGGGGGAGGCGUACGCCGCGCACUCCGCGGUGCAGCCCGGCCCUGGACGGCCCCCCGUCUUCGUGCACACGCUGUCCAACGCGGGGUACCUUGCCUACGGCGGCAUGGUGGGCCGCCUGGCCUGGGCCGCCGGCUUCCCCGUCACGCACGUCACCCACCCGCGCGACCGCUUCUCCCAGCGCCAGCUCCAGGGCCUGGCCGCAUUCCAGCGCAUCAUGUCACCCACGAGGGGGAUCAUCGUGGACUCGGCGCCCUCGGCUCUCACCCCAGACGUGUGGAUCAGGGGCGUGGAGGCAGCACUGCUCGGCAACCCGCUGAGCUCGGUGAGCCUGGCGAUCUUCCGUGCCUUUUACAGGCGGAGGAUGGUGGAGCAGUUGGCCUCGGGACCCUACCACGACUUCCUUGCAGAGGCGCUCGGCGGUUGGCGCACCAUCCCAGACCGGGUGGGGCGCAUGUAUGCGUACAGCGAGGAGGACGACAUCAUCCCGGCCGAGGACGUGGAGACGCAGAUCCUGAGGGACGUCGCACACUCCGACAUCCUCACGCGGGUGGUCAAGUUCCAUGGGUCCGGUCACGUGCAGCACUACCGCCGCUUCCCGGACGAGUACGCCGCGGCGGUGUCCGACUUUGCGCUCGCCUGCCUGGAGCGGGGGGGACCAGGGCCAGUCGUCACCUCCAAGACAGGGAACCUCCCCCAGGCCGGCGGCGGGAGGGCCAGGCGGCGGUGA